AUGUUAUUGGCGGUAAAUCAAUCGCGAGACGGUUCCGUGAUUCACGAAAGGGACAAGAAACCCUUUUUCAUAAAAGAAACUACUCACAAGGUUGCUGAAGACUCUUCGACAGCCUACGACCGGUUUCGCCCUUUGUGGGGCUCAUUAGGUAGGCACAGUUCCCGAGUUUCCAUCAACCUUAUGCUCUACUUGAACCCAAACUGGACUGAUUUUGAUAAUUUAUUCAUCUUGUUUUUCACGGGGGACUCAAGUGAAUUUCUCGCUUACGAUAUUCCACAACAGUCCGAUUUGGGUUCAAGUAACGGAUUCAUCGACGGCGACGAAUUGGAAACGUUUCUCAACCGACUAGUGGACUGCAUCAUUCCCGAUGAGGCAAAACAGGUCCUAAUGGAUGUUGUCCAGACAAACUCUAAUGUUGUGCGGGCGGUCUGCAGAAAAACACCAUUGUUCUUCAUGUCACUUUGUCGACACAUUGCAUUACGAAUAUACACGUAUCGCGAUAUCUCGAAUAUCGUAGAAACUAAGAUAUGGGGCGGCCUGGUGCAGCACAUUCAGUUGCCUGGAAACAUUACAAACGGUAUAUUUAGCUGGGUUCCAGGUAACGGAUUCAUCGACGGCGACGAAUUGGAAACGUUUCUCAACCGACUAGUGGACUGCAUCAUUCCCGAUGAGGCAAAACAGAAACUAAGAUAUGGGGCGGCCUGGUGCAGCACAUUCAGUUGCCUGGAAACAUUACAAACGGUAUAUUUAGCUGGGUUCCAGCGCCUAGCUGCCAUGCCACUCAAAGGCUGCCCGAGGGUUGGGAUACUGCCAGGUUACCCGAGCCUAGGCAGAGAAAUUCGAGAGAUCGGGUUCGAACCACGGACUUUACGGUCAGAUUUCUCCAAGAGCGACUGGGACGAAUUGGUCAGCGAACUAAUGACUGCAAUCGAUACGAAUAAUGACAACAGAAUCGAUCUCCGUGAAGAUUUCUCCAAGAGCGACUGGGACGAAUUGGUCAGCGAACUAAUGACUGCAAUCGAUACGAAUAAUGACAACAGAAUCGAUCUCCGUGAAAUGGCCCAACUUUUACCCACGGACGAAGAAUUCAUCUUUUUGUUUCAGAAGGAGAACAAACUCAGUUCCAGUGUGGAUUUUAUGAAAGUGUGGAAAGAAUUUGACAAAGAUCACAGUGGAUAUAUCGAAGCUGAUGAACUGAAAGAUUUUUUAGCACUUUUGCUGAAGCAGUCAACAAUAGAAGAUGAGGAGAAAUUGGUUGAAUAUACGGACGCAAUCCUAAAACUAUUUGACUACAACAAUGACGGGAAGCUUCAACUCAGCGAAAUGUCCAGAUUACUGCCGGUUGAAGAAAAUUUCCUCUGUCGGCCAAUCUUUCGACGAGCUGGUUGCAUCACUUCCCAGGACGUUGAUCGUGUUUUUGCGUUGUACGAUACGGAUAAUAACGGAGCGAUUGAAGACGAUGAGUUGUCCGGCUUUCUAAAGGAUCUGUUGGAAUUAAUCUACGACGACUAUGACGAAAAUGAUUUGAUCUACACAAAAUCAACGAUUCUACAAAACUGGGACCUCAACCGUGAUGGGAAAAUCAAUAAGGAAGAAAUGCGAAUGUUACUGAUGGCUUACAGUCGAAAUGAGUCCAGAAAAUCCAAGGUCGGUUGUCUUCUCGAUUUGUCUUCGAAAUUCAAAGGCGCGCGAAGCAAGCGCAGUCCGGAUCGUCGAGUUUAGUGAUCAAAUGAAGCACAGUGCUUCUCCGUCAGUACUUUAUUCCGGUCAUCAACAAUCGCUUGCUGCUUGAUCUUGCCCGAAGAUGGUGAGCCAGUACUUCUUCCAGUCGUAAAAUCUCAUAACAAACUGCUGAAAGAAAUGAUGAGUACUUUAUUUAAAUACACGAACAUCGCUGUCUUGUGAUAUUGUGGAAAUCUAUAUUUCUU